GUAGCUUGUAAUAGUUUGUCACUGAAAGAAAGAAGUGCUUUUAGUUUGAUGCUUUGUGGUUAAGGUUUUUUAAAUGAGCACUUGAGUUUGUACUUGCCUGUGCUCACAGCUGAAGUUCCCUCUCUGCAGCUCUCUGUGCAGGUGAAUUAGAGAACCGUUUCUGUAACAGCUUUGUUGUCAGUCCUUUCUAUCAGUUGUGUUACUCUUGAUGCUCUUUCAGAGCUGCUCUAUUAGUGAGUGAGAGUUCAGUAGGAGCCUAAAUGUUUUGUUUUCUGAAGUCACUUCAGACAGCCUUGGUCAUAGGACUCUUAUGGAUGAGCUUUUUGCACCUGUAACUGGGUUUGGCCCCUCUAUCUUCCAGCUGUUGAAGAAAGAAACAAGAUAUAAUCAUGGCUGACAACAGUACUCUGGUGUCUGAAACUGGGAGGAGCCUCUUGGCUGAUUCAUCUGUUCUUGAUUCAAAAAUUAUAGAAACCUCCAAAGAGAAUGUAUUCCGUGCUACUGUUCUGGAUGUUGAAGCAGAAGAAAUGCCUCAAAUAGAAACAAGAGUGGUUUUGGUUCAGGAAGCAGGGAAACGUGAGGAGCUUCUGAAAGCCUUGGAGGAAAUUAAAAUGCCCUACAUAAAGACAGACACGAUAGAAGAGCUUGGAGACUCUGAUUCCCCAGAAUUUGAGACGGUCUUCGUUGUGUCAGACUUCCAAGCUCCCAUCUUUAGCAACCUCUGCAAGGCAGAUUGCCGAGUCAUCGGGCCACCAGUCGUGCUGCACUGUGCACAGAAAGGAGAGCCUUUACCUUUCUCCUGCCGUCCACUGUACUGUGCAAGUAUGUUGAACUUGGUACUGUGCUUUACAGGAUUCAGAAAGAAAGAUGAAUUAGUUAAGCUCGUGACCUUGGUUCAUCAUAUGGGUGGAAUUACCCGAAGAGACUUCAGCUCAAAAGUUACUCAUCUGGUGGCAAACUCAACACAUGGAGACAAAUUCAGAAUUGCUGUAAGUCUUGGUAUUCCUAUUGUGAAAGCUGAGUGGAUUUAUAAGGCAUGGGAGAAGAGGAAUGAAAGUGAUUUCUGUGCAGCUGAUGAUGGCUUUAGAAACCAGUUCAAGGUUCCUCCCUUUCAGGAUUGCAUGUUAAGUUUCCUGGGAUUCUCUGAUGAUGAGAAAGCUAACAUGGAAGAAAUGACAGAAAUGCAAGGAGGACAUUAUUUACCCGUUGGUGAUGAAAGGUGUACGCACUUGGUGGUUGAAGAAAGUACAGUAAAAGAUCUUCCAUUUGAACCUUUAAAAAAACUCUAUGUUGUAAAGCAAGAGUGGUUUUGGGGGAGCAUUCAAAUGGAUGCCAGAGCUGGAGAGUCCAUGUAUUUAUUUGAGAAGUCAGAGAGUCCUGACUUCAAGAAGUCGGUGUCGCUGCUUUCCCUGAGCACUCCCAACAGCAACCGCAAACGGCGGCGCUUGAAAGAGACUCUGGCCCAGCUGACCAGGGAAACAGACAUGUCCCCAUUCCCUCCUCGGAAACGCCCCUCAGCUGAACAUUCCCUCUCUAUUGGCUCCUUGCUGGAUAUUUCCAACACUCCGGAGUCAAGCGCUGCCAAUGGAGAAACACCAAAAUCCUGUGCAAGACCUUCCAAAAACUCAACUCCUCUUCCUCUCAAGCAGUCUGCAAGAUGGCAGGUUGCAAAGGAAUUGUAUCAGACAGAAAGUAAUUACGUUGAUAUUCUGACAACAAUUAUUCAGUUAUUUCAAGUUCCAUUGGAGAAGGAAGGACAACUUGGGGGACCAAUCCUUGCACAGGAAGAGAUCAAGACCAUAUUUGGCAGCAUUCCCGAUAUUCUUGAUGUGCACACUAAAAUCAAGGAAGACCUGGAAGAUCUUAUGAUAAAUUGGACUGAAAGCAAAAGUAUUGGUGAUAUCAUUCUCAAAUACUCAAAAGACUUGCUGAAAACAUACCCUCCGUUUGUGAAUUUCUUUGAAAUGAGCAAGGAGACGAUUACAAGAUGUGAAAAGCAGAAACCAAGGUUUCAUGCCUUCCUAAAGAUAAAUCAAGCUAAACCUGAAUGUGGUCGCCAAAGCCUUGCUGAGCUCCUUAUCCGUCCUGUUCAAAGGCUGCCCAGUGUUGCCCUACUACUAAAUGAUAUUAAGAAACAUACAUCAGAAGAGAACCCAGAUAAAAUAACUCUAGAGAGAGCUAUUGAAUCAUUAAAGGAGGUGAUGACACACAUUAAUGAAGACAAAAGAAAAACAGAGGCCCAAAGGCAGUUCUUUGACGUUGUCUAUGAAGUGGAUGGAUGUCCAGCCAAUCUCCUGUCCUCCCACCGCAGCUUGGUUCAGCGUCUGGAAACUGUAGCACUGGGGGAUGACCUCUGUGACAGGGGAGAGCAGGUCACACUCUUUCUGUUCAAUGAUUGCCUGGAGAUUGCAAGGAAACGGCAUAAAGUUAUUGGAGCUUUCAAGAGUCCCCAUGGCCACACAAGGCCUCCUGCAUCUCUCAAGCAUGUCGUUCUCAUGCCUCUCUCCCAGAUCAAGAAAGUCUUAGACAUCAGGGAGACAGAAGAUUGCCAGAAAGCUUUUGCCUUAGUUGUGAGGCCACCUACAGAACUCAACAACAAGCUGCUCAGUUUCCAGAUGACAACUGAAGAGCCUCGCAAGGAGGACUGGCUGAAGACCUUGUGUCGACACGUGGCCAACACCAUUUGUAAAGCAGAUGCAGAAAAUCUCAUUUAUGUUGCUGAUCCUGAUUCAGUUGAAGUAAAUACUAAAGAUAUGGACAGUACUUUAAGCAGAGCAUCCAGGGCAAUAAAGAAAACAUCAAAAAAGGUCACAAGAGCCUUUUCUUUCUCCAAAACACCCAAGCGAGCUCUCCGCAGGGCUCUGAUGUCUCACAGCGCCACAGAAGGGCGGAGCCCCAGCUCUGCUAACGAGAGUUACAUCGGCAGCCGCCUGACCAGCACCUCGUCCCUAGCGGGUGUUCCUUCUCCUUCCUUGGUCAGCCUUCCCUCGAUCUUUGAAAGGAGGAGUCACACAUUAAGCCGAUCAACAACUCACUUGAUAUGAGGCAGGUGGGAAAGACUCUGGUCUGCGGGAGUGACUGACAAAGCAGGCGGCUGGGCAGUGCCCUGUUACUGACAUUAAUGGUACCUUAGUCAUUAGCACUUAGCAAUGAUUAGCAAAAUGUUAGAUAACACUAGUAAUCACAAGGGGGGUUUAGUUGUGUUGAAGCAGACCAGCCAAUCAGUGGAAUAAGUAACUUGGCCUUCAUUUAAACACAGUGUUCCCUUGCACAGAUUUAUUUCCUUACCAGCAUAACUGAAACAUUUUCUUCUAUGGAAAUUGUCCCCUCCAGGCACUAAACUGGUUUGUCAGAUCUUGAAAUGAAGAUGAUGAUCACAUAAUUUACUGCUAGUUUGGAUGACUCUUAUGCUUGCCUAACUUCAUCUACUGGCAGAGCACUCUAAUGUUUGAAUUGUGGAUUUCUCAAAUGGAGAUACAUUAUGAAGUACCUGACCUUUCAAGUAUGACAGUUAAUCUGUUGUACAGCUGCUUAUUCCAGAUAUUUUUUAAAUGUAGUUGUUUAUAAUUAAAUAGAAUUGAGUUUUAUGAUUAUGGUCUGCAGCCUCACUGUAACAUAGUGGUAUGAGGAGCUUUGACCACCAAAAAUGAUCGAUGGAAUUCUUUGUCUUGCUUUGAAGUGGAAGUCUGAGGAAAAGAAUUACACUCCUGUUUAGCAGGGCUGUUAAAAAACCAAACCCCCACACAUUCCCCAUACUUGGUUAACAAAUCAUUAUUUAAUGCAUGGGACUAUUGGUGUAAUAAUACACCAAUAUAUACAGGACACUGUAACUUCAGGGUCCAAUUUUGGUGUGUAAAAUUUCAGUGUACAACUCCUAAGGCUUUUAGGCUUUCUUAUGUAUUUAUGUCUUCCUUUAAAACUCUGUCUUCACUUCUGUCAUCUCUGAACAGUUUGUACCCUGCAAUGCACUCUCACAAACUAUCUAAAUAUGUGAAUUUCUGCAUUUCAUUAACAGUUCAACUGUUGGUAUUAGCAGGAGUUCACAACUUCUGGUUUCUUUUUAACCACCUGUGUUUUGUCUUGUAUCUAUACGUAACUAGUGAUGCUUUUGAAUGUGUCAGACUGCACUGUUUUUUAUAUCUUUUUUGCCAAUCUGAGCAAUGUAAAUAAACUGUUUAAAAUAACACUGCUUUGCUAAACAAGCUUUUAUGAAAGUUUACUUUUUUAUAUGGGAAAAAAAAAAAGCAUUGUUGGGCUCCAGCCUACGACUGUACUUUGAUUAUCUAUGUAGUUAUUCCUAAUAAAGUAUACCACUUGAUAGGCCUGAAUCUUUUUUUGUUUUUUCUUAAUAUAUUCAUGAAUCUCCCCUGGAUCUACAUGUCCAGUCCGUGGUUUGUGUGGCUUUUUUUUUUGUCCUUGUCCAUUCAGAAUAAGCACCUGAACUGAAUAUGCACUGACACUUCUAUCAUGAAGUGGCUCUAGAAAAUAAACUAUUCAAUAAAUACUAAAAAUCCAACGACA